GUAUUUACAGGCUGCAAUUUCCCUUCAGGGUUUAGGGUAUUUCUUUGUUCAUAAUUACAUAUUUACCCCUCUAGGUUUUUGUAAAGACGUCAUUUUCUCAUUUGCCAAACACACCCUUCUACCAUUUUGUCAAUUCUUUGCUCUUCAAUUGAUCAAGAAUCUCGAGUUCUUUGCUCUAAAGUCCAAAUCUUUUACCAUAUAUUUACCCAAAAGUUUCGAACUUUGAUCACUCCCCUUGCUCUGCCCUGUUAAGAAUUGAAUCUUAUUCAAUUUCAAGAUUCAAUCAGUUUGUUUUUUUUUUUUUUGGUCAGGCAAUCAGUUUGCUUUUUGAUUGUAAAGAUAUAGGAGCUAUGAAGCAUGAGUGCGGGUGCGGGUGCGGGGAUACGUGGUGCGGGGAUACGGGAAUUCGGCAAAAAAAAAUAAAUGGGGAUUCGGGUGCGGGGGGAUACGGCAAAAAAAAAAAUUAAAAAAUAUAUUUUAUAUAUUUAGAUAUAUAGCUAAUUAACAAAACAGUGGAAUAACAUUCAAAUCCAACCAAAUAGUCAUUAAAUAAGUAAUAUAUUACAUAACUAAAUCAUAACACAAAUCACAGCAUAGUGCCUACUGCUUACCCAUUAUAUAAGCCAGCAACAUCUCAGAAGCCACACAAAAACCCAUCUUUAUACAUAUAUACAAUAGAUACAAGCUGAGGCCACAAAAACUUAAACAAAUUCGCAGCAACUAAACACAACAACGAAAUCACAUAUAUACAUACAAAUAUCAUGUAUGUAUUUAUAUCACGGAAGAUGAUAGAAAGAGGAUGAGAUAGAGGAAGAUGAUAGAUAGAAAUAGGAGUGAAAAAUUACUGAAUCUGCCCUUCCCGCACCCCCGUGUAUCCCCAGAGCAAGUGCAGCGGGAUACGCCACGCGGCGCACCCAGUGCGCACCCAGGCGCACCGCCGCACCCGCACCGCACCCGGUGCGCAGUGCAGCACCUGGGUGCCGCACCCAUGCUUCAUAGUAUAGGAGUAAUAUACAGUAUUAUACACUAUGAUCACUGUAACAAUCCCCAAUUUUGGGCUAACCCCAUUUCAAUUAACUUCAGUUUCUUUAAAAAGAUCAAGCCCAUGUAAUCAAGUUUCAAUUUUUAGGUGCCCACUAGCACUCUUGAUGACAGAUGAUCAAAAAAGAAGGUGUGAUGUAUUUGAUAUGCACAAUGAGCUAGUUCCGUAUGCUGACGCAUGGUCUUGGCAGAAAUCAAUUGUGGAAGAAAGAAAGAAGUUGAUUGAUAGUGAUGAAGAUUUAUGUGAUAGUCUUGUUAUUUUGCAACAUCCUCCUGUUUAUACAUUGGGCGCCGGUAGUUCUGAGGAUCACUUGAAAGGGAUCAAGAAUUAUUAUCGAACCGAACGCGGUGGGGAAGUUACUUAUCAUGGUCCUGGACAGCUAGUUAUGUACCCGAUUCUAAAUCUCCGGUAUCACACCAUGGAUCUGCAUUGGUACCUCAGAGCUCUAGAAGAGGUGGUUAUGCGAGUACUGUCCUCAACCUUUUGCAUCAAGGCUUCUAGGCACAAGGGUUUGACUGGUGUUUGGGUUGGAGAUCAGAAAGUUGCAGCCAUUGGCGUCCGUGCAUCAAAAUGGAUAACUUUUCAUGGAAUAGCUGUAAAUGUCACAGCUGAUCUUACACCCUUUAAACAAAUCGUGCCAUGUGGGAUACAAGGUGGUCAAGUUGGUAGCAUAAAGGAGUUGCUACGUGAAUCUCUGUCAUCUGAAGAAUGUGGAGAAAUACAUUACACUGAUUAUGAACUAGUUAAUACCACUUACGAAUCACUGAUCAAGGAGUUUUCUAAAGUCUUCCAGGUUGAACUCUGCAUUAAACCUAUUUCCUUGGCAAAUUUUCUAGAGAAGAAAACAUCACCAGUGACUGUGUAGAACUAAGUUUUGCUGUGAGAUCAUUUUAAAGUAUCUAGUUUCUUGGUACUCUGCUGUUGUCUUUUGAUCUACAGCUCUCAAUACAAAGGCUGUACAUGAGAUUAAUGAUCUCAUGUGGUGGUUCCAGAGUAAACAUACAUGGAGCAUACCUAACGUGAGAUUAUAAGAAUGCUGAAGUGCUAACUUCUGGAGUUUUGAACUGUUAGCUCCUUAGGUUCUGGAUGAAAUUCAGGUAGACUUGAACCUUGAUCAACGACUUCGAGUCUUGGUCUUGGACAGAGCACGUAUUUUGACUUAACUGAGUCGAGCUCCGUGACAAUCACACUGCAGAACUCCUUACAGUUCUGGCAAAUCCCUUCAUUGCAGACAUCGGCUUUUCAAGGAGUUGAGCAGCAUUGAUCCAUGGACCAUGAUCCAAUGUAAAAAUGCCCCAUGCAGACUAUGCAGUCAUGGAAACAUUCAAUGUUGAAUACUCUGUAUUUUCUACAGGAAAAUGUUAGGUAUCCUAAAUUAUUUUUUUCCCACGUCCAAGUGGUAAUGUAUGAUUGGUGCCUUUCAUACUAACAAUAAUGGGAUUCUCUGUAUGCACAUCAAUCAUUCAAUUGAAAAAUAGUCAUAAUAGCCAUCUGUUACACGUUAUUUGGUA